CUGGGUCAGCCAGCUGUACUGUUCCUCCCUCUUCUCUUCCGCAUCGCAGCAGAGCGCCGGCAGCGGAUCACCCACCGCCAACCCUAGCUUCGCCUGAGCUGAGGCAGCAGCGCCCGCCGUCGAGGAGGUCACCUGAUGGUGUCCAUGAGCACGACGCCGCACCCUCUCGAUUCGUCCGUCCCGGGCGUCGGAGGAGGAGGCGGCGGCGGCGGGGAGGGCAAGGAGGCGGCGCGCCGGGUGCGCCUGGUGCAGGCCGCCGCGCCCACGGCCGUGCCGCUAGGGGACGAGGACGACGAGGGGCCCAGGAGGGUGCGGAAGCCAUACACCAUCACCAAGUCGCGCGAGAGCUGGACCGAGCCCGAGCACGACAAGUUCCUCGAGGCGCUGCAGCUGUUCGAUCGUGACUGGAAAAAGAUUGAAGCUUAUGUUGGCUCCAAGACAGUAAUACAGAUCAGGAGUCACGCCCAGAAGUACUUUUUGAAGGUUCAAAAGAAUGGAACAGGUGAGCAUUUGCCCCCACCUAGGCCAAAACGGAAGGCUGCCCAUCCAUAUCCACACAAAGCCUCAAAAAAAGCGCUUCAAGUUGUCUUACCGCAACAAGCUUCUCAUAUAAUGGAACAAGGCUGUGGUACAUCUAUGGAUACAGCUACUGUUGCUACUGACUUAAGUGCAAAUGAUGCUUUUCUUUCUUGGGAGAAUGAUCCUGUUCAACAAUUCAGUCCGAGGCAUACACAAGGUUCAGGUGCAACAAAUAAUUACUCUAGUAGCAUAGGUAGCCAAUCUGGAACUUGGCCAACUUCUGAGGCUACAGAGCAAGCAGUUAUGCUUCCAGCACUGCGCGCCAUGCCAGACUUUGCUCGUGUAUACAGCUUCCUUGGGAGCAUAUUUGAUCCAGAGACAAAUGGGCAUUUGCAAAAGUUGAAGGAGAUGGAUCCUAUUGAUGCUGAAACGGUACUGUUGCUGAUGAAAAAUCUGUCAAUCAACCUAACUAGCCCAAACUUUGAGGAACAUAGGAGGUUGCUUGCUUCACAUGACUCAAGCAUGGAUCAAGAUGUGGGCUCUUCACACACCGUUCAUCUUCCAUUCAUGAUAACGAGCAAGUGAGAGAAGGUCCCCUCCUUUGAGCACCCAAGGCGUUGGAGUCACUGCGGAGCAUGGCACCGUGCUGGGUGCUGGCCACAUGUUGUAGUGUCGCAUGUGUACAUAGGCAGCUCCUGGUAAUGCCCUAACCACCUUAGGCUAGUUUUGCUCAUCAUGUAGAUGGCCGGCUAGUUUUAUGUGCCUGUGGUUCCUUGCCCUGUCAAUUUUCCCCGUUUUAACUUAUAUGUAUGAGCCUGCUGGUUUGUUAUGGUAUGCCCUUGGGCUUACCUUUUUCCGGUACAAGGAAUGAAAGAUGGAUGGUAUACAAUCAAUGGUGUGUAGUUUUUGCUGUAUGUAUAUAUGCACGCGGCUGUAUGUGUACAGUCUAACAAACUGCCGUUGUAAUGCAUAGUUGAGGUUGCAUGAUUCUACAGCGGUUCUUGUCAA